CAAUGUAUCGCAGCGCAAACGGAAUGAGAGAUUGCUGAUAGCGAUGCCGGCAUGUCCCGGCUUUUGUUAUUACUUCUCACAUCUGCGCUCCUCGCCUUGAGCGUCGCAGCUUCUGAUUACUCUGAGCGAUUGACUCUGACCCCUUUACCCCUCGGCUCUCUCCUCGCCUCAUUCGACUUCCGCAGCAACGAAAGUGCCACGGACUAUGAAGCCCAGAAUUUCAGAUACUUCCCCCGCUCUCUGGGUCAGGCGCUGAGGCAUGCCGACACGCAAGAACUACAUCUGAGAUUUACCACAGGACGAUGGGAUCCGGAGCUUUGGGGUGCGCGCCCUUGGGAUGGCACCAAGGAGGGCGGCACCGGAGUGGAGUUAUGGGCUUGGAUAGAUGCAGACUCUGAAGAGGAGGCAUUUGGGAAGUGGACAACUCUGACACAAUCACUCUCGGGCCUGUUCUGCGCCUCAUUGAAUUUCAUUGAUGCAACCAGAACGACAAAACCUGUCUUGUCAUUCCAACCUUCAGGGACGUUCCGCAACAGGAGUCAGAAUCUUCACCUUUUGCACGGAGUACUUCCUGGAGAGGUGGUGUGCACAGAGAAUUUGACCCCCUUCCUCAAACUUCUGCCGUGCAAAGGCAAAGCUGGGAUUUCAAGCCUUCUAGAUGGACACAAGGUUUUUGACGCUUCAUGGCAGAGCAUGGCCAUUGAUGUGCUGCCGAAGUGUGCCGCUGGAGCCAACGAAUGUCAAAUGGAAAUCAGCCAAACCAUUGAUAUUGUACUCGACAUUGAACGAUCCAAACGACCGCGAGACAAUCCAAUCCCGAGACCAAUUCCCCCGGAACAACUUGUUUGCGAUGAGUCUAAGCCUUAUCAUUCACACGAUACUUGUUAUCCUCGCGACAUGGUGGACGAAAUUCCGUGGUCCCUCAAGGAUAUCUUUGGAAGGACGUUAGCUGGGACAUGUCCCCUGGCAGACGAUGAUGGACCUGACUCGAAACCUCUGUGCCUCAAUGUACCACAUGAUCGAAUGGUGUUAAUCAGCUAUAGCGGGUUUGAAGUCAAAUCUCAACCUGGCCCUAGCGAAUCAAGGUGUUAUUCGAUCAUGCCAUUCGAAGAAUUCGAUCUUGAAGUGCCCCGACAGCAAUCUACCACCAGAAAGCACGACUUGGGCAAUGAACUUGUUCGAGCAGAAAGAACAAUGACCGGCCAUGGUGCUGCCCACGGAGGCAUGCGCACCAUCUUUACCAACCCAUCCGCGACCGAGUCGGUCCAGUUCGUAUACUUUGAGAGUCUACCCUGGUUCAUGCGUCCCUUCAUGCAUACUCUCAAGGCUCAAAUCACGCAUUCGUCCUCAACCCCUUUCGACUCUUCGAGACUUGAGAAGGAAAGAAUAAUCAUGGACAUGUACUACCGACCCGCAAUUGACCGCCACCGCGGUACACAACUUGAACUACUGCUUAACGUACCGCCCCUCACCACUGUCUCUCUGACAUAUGCCUUUGAAAAGUCUAUUCUUCGCUACACGGAAUACCCUCCCGAUGCGAAUCGUGGAUUCAACAUUCCCCCUGCAGUAAUUCGUAUCCUUUCACCGCAACUAAUCGAUCCGGUUACGGGAAACGCCAGAGAUGUUUACAUCAGGACGACAAGCUUGCUAUUGCCAUUGCCGACGCCGGAUUUUUCCAUGCCAUAUAAUGUGAUCAUAUUGACGAGUACGGUUAUGGCGUUGGCGUUUGGGAGCAUUUAUAACUUGUUGGUCAGGAGAUUUGUUGGUGCUGAUGAGGUUGGAGAGGGCAGAUUACCGGGUUUUGUGAAAAGGAUACAGGGCACGGUACAAGGCAUGAUUGUACGAGUGAAGGAUCGACUGCGGGGGAAAGGAAAAGUGGAAUAGAUACCAAUGUGUUUCCCGUCGACAUGUUGUUCUCAGUCAAUUGGUAUAUUCAACGCUGGAUUGCGUAAACAACGCUACCGGUCCUGCUGUUCUCAGCGUCUCCUGCCCACACCUGCUUCAGCUCCCCGACUCUCCAUACUGACAAUCUCACCAAUGCCUGCCUCUUCCUGCUCAUCCUCCAGCCUUCCAACCUCCUCGCGACAAUCCCACCACCUCUCCUCGGCCUGCUCAAACGCCUUCUUCCUCAACUCUUUAAUCGUCUGCUCGGCGGCCAGCGCCGCCAUCUCUGCUUUGCCGCCAUACGACUGUUUCUCGAUGAGCAUCCGCUGCCAGUCUUCCGAGGUGCGGGCGUAAAAGUCCCGGAGGGACUCGAAGGGCCGUGGGAACGGGCGGGGGUCUAGCGAGGCCAGGGUCUCGGGUUCGGUCUCGAGCUCAGAGGGCCGGGACAUAGGUGUCGUUGCGGCCGUGGACGCCAAGGGCCGCGAGUCGAGGGACAUGGUGUCGGCUCUGCUCUCGAGGUCUUCGUCUGUGUCCAUGCCUUCGUCCUCGUCGUCUUCGCCUUCUUCGUAGUCGUCGUCAUCGUCCAUCUCCUCGUCACUCUCUUGGAUGGUCACGUUCCAGUUGAUGGGUUCGACGUAGUGCAGCUCUUUCACGCCGUCGAGCUUGCCCAGGUCAACGGCAUAGAAGUCUGAGAAGGUGAUUUCCACGUCUUUCUUCUCCAAUGUACCUCCAAAGAUAUAUAGCGUGUCGUCCUGUACAGCAAGCUGGGCGUUGAAGCGAGGAUGCGGCAUUUCGAAUCGGACAGGGUAAACCCG